UUUGAACAAAACGGACGUUGGAAAGGGUUUUCAUCCAUCAAAAUUCUAUCCCCGUGUUUUCGUUUUGUUUUUGCCGGCAUUUUGGCGUAAGUGUACGCGCGCUCCUUCUCCGCGCCCUUGCCAUCCACCCUUUCUCAAGUAGUGGAAUAAACCAAGCAAAGCAGCAAGGAAAACAUAAAACAAAUUAAGCAAAUAGUGACCGCAAAGGAGAACCGGUCGCAAAUCAAGUGGCAAAUAAAACACGUCAUUUUCGCUUGUAGAUCCAGCAACAGCACCAGCAGCAAGUUUGGGCUCAAGGACGUCGCCGGAGCAGCGGUACCGUAUCGGAUCGAAGGAGCAGCAGGAGCAGUAGGAGGAGCAAGGAGCACCAGCACCAUGUCGGAGCGCAGGAGUCACAUACAGAUGGCGCCGCCACCGCCGCCCCCCAAGCCAAACAAAUCGCAGACAGCCAAUGGAAAUGGAAAUGGAAAUGGCACAGUCAUAGGCACUGGCAACGGCAACGGAACCCUGCCGAAUGGCAAUAAAAACUAUAACAAAAUUGUCGCAGGCCAAGACCAGGAGCCGCUGGCUCAGAACUCGAGCGGCGUUCAGAGGAGCCAGUCGCCACCACGCACAGAACAGGUCGUGAUGACGCCACGCGGUAAAACGGCCAACAGCACGGUGAUCCUCAUCGAACGGAAGCUGGUCGAUGAGAUCAACGAUCGCGUCCAUGUCGCCGGCGGCGAUCACACGGGCAUCAUCAUCAACAAGGACACGGUCGCCGGCCAGAAGAGCGCCAGCAAGGCAGCAGCGCUAUCGCUGGAGUUCCGCGUCUUCCUGGUCAGCGCCAAUACGGGCAAGCACUCGCAGGAGUCGCGCACCCUGCGCUUCUGGUUCAGGGACUGGCUGACCAACGAUGAGAAGCAGGCCCACAUCGCCCAGGACUUCUUCAAGGAGCUGGUCAGUCCGCAGGACUUUCCCAGAGACUAUGUGGGAUUCAUCAAGAAGAUAAUGAAGCUCCUGCAGCACGGAUACUCGGAGAUCCAGUCGAUUGAGAUUGAACUGCGCAUCCUGGAGGAGACCUCAGCACCUCCGUCGCGACCACCCCGGGAUGGGUACAUCAUCUACUGCUACGGCGACUGCAACCGGAAGUUCGAGGAGGCGCUGAUGGCGCAGCGGAAGACAGGUGACGGCGACCAUCUGAUGAAGGCCAUUUGGCUGGACAUGUACACCGAGCAGCUGAUUUCCCUCGAGGAAUCCCAGUUCGAAUCUCCGCCGUUGACCCAGGAGAAGGUGCUGGAGCUCAUCGAGCAGGCAUAUCCCAAUCCCGUGUCCCCCGAGGAUCUGGCCAAGGACUACGGCUGGAGCGAGCAGGAUGUGCUGCUGGUGAUCAAGUCGCUGCAGGAGCGCGGUCUGAUCAAGUCGAUGGAGUACAACGCGUACACCCGCAUCCACCACGAGGACAAGGAGAUCAAGGUGGUCAAGCAGAUGCCCACGAUCGCCUCCAACAAACAGCCCACCAUCGCCAUCAUCACGGCCCAGUAUUGCGAGAAGCUCGCCGUGGACGCGAUGCUCGAGAACAAGGAGACCUUCGUCCGAUACACCACAGUCGAUUCCGAUCCCAAUCUAACGAACUCACUCAGAAAGUCCAAAAAGAAACGAAGAUUCGGCGAAUCGAAUGUGUAUACCCUGGGCAACAUCGGGGCGCACAGGAUCGUGAGCACCAAGCUACCGUCGGUGGGCAACAACAGGGAGGCGAUGACGGCGACGGGCAAUACCACCACCCGUCUGCUGGGCACAUUCCAGAAGGUCGACUAUGUCUUCAUCGUGGGCGUGGCCGGUGGCGUGCCCCACUACACGGACUACAAGAAGCACGUCCGACUGGGCGAUGUGGUCAUCUCGUAUGUGGACAAACAGCGGGCACUGAUCAGCAAUAGCAAGGAGAAGCCGUACGUGUACUUGUACAAGAGCGGCGAGGACGUGAAGACCUACUUCCCGGUGAACGACUCGCUGCAGCAGAUCGCCGAGAGCCUGCAGGCCAACAUGCAGGUGAAGCGGCCGUGGGAGGACUACCUGAAUCAGGCCCAACAGGCGCUGGCCCAGAAGACGGAUGCCGACUUCAACCGGCCGGACACGCGAACGGACAAGCUGUUCAUGAACAUUGGAAACAACGAGGUGAUCGAGGUGGCUCAUCCCAUUGCCGCCGACGAAGUGGACGGUGUCAAUCGGCUGCGACUUCACCUGGGUCCCAUUGGAUCCGGCAGGGAUUUGGUGAGGAGCGACGAUCUGCGCACCCAGUUCGCCAGGAAGUACGGCCUACUGGCCACCGAUGUGGAGAUGAGCAGUGUGCUGGACAGUAUCAUUGGCAACUGCAGGGAGAGCUUUAUACUGGUGAAGGGCAUCGCCGACUACAAGGACGGCACGUCCACCAGGAAGUGGCAGAAUUUCGCAGCCAUUUCGGCGGCGUCGGUGGUGAAGUCGGUUAUCUGCGGCAUGGACGCGCCCACGAAUGUAUAGGAGGUGGGGUUUCGAAUCCCCUAUUUCCUCCAUUCCCCUCCCUGCAAUCCUAGCAUUUGAUUUGCCUCCAAUUUUCGUACCAAUCCCGCUGCGGCGUCCCUUUAUUUCUGGUGGCCGGACUUGGGGACCACUAUUCGUAAACCAAAAUGUGCAUAGAUUGCAUCAUAUAUAAUGUAUGUUCGCGUAAUAUUGUAUUAAAUGAUUUCUUGUUA